AUGACUUCGCACUUCAAUGACAAGUUUCUUUGGCUAUGUCUAGGCGUCUCUCUCUUCUUCGCCGUCCGCGGCAUUGCGGCGGAUCUCCGCCGAGUUAGUGAAUUGACGGAGAUCAAGCGAGUUGAGAAGGAGGACAAGAUGAUCAGCGAGGGUACAGAAGACGCUCUCAAAUUAGAUACACUCUUGAAGCUGUCCGAUAGCACAAGCUAUGACCUUCGCGCUGCUGCACUGCGCAUCAUUGCAGAGCGUUCGACAAAAGGCCAGACACGGGAUUUACUUCUGAAAGACCUGGCCAGCAAAAACAAAGAGCGACGAGGGAAAGCCCUAGCAGCGAUGUUCUUCCUAGUAUCCAAUAGAGCACUCUCACGAACUGCAGUCUGCUCCCGCCUGAGAGACCUCCCCACUUACGUUGCCUUGGUCGACUGUCUAUGCAGCUUUCUUGAAGAUCAUGUUGAAGAAACCUCUACGACUGACUCGCCUAUCCUCCCUAAGACAAGGCCAUUGGGCGAAAACAAGGCGCUGAGUAUUCUCAACCUGAUCCUACAAGAGAACAUACCCGCCGCCUUGGAAGCUGGCGUGAUCAGCCGUUGGCUCUCCAAAUACCCAUUUCCAUGUGCAUUAACGGAGCCGUCCCGGCGUCAGGAUGUGGUGAUACUCAUGAAGGCUUGGUGGUCUGAUGACAGAACCAUGAGUUCAAUUUUCAGCACACUUUCGUCGGAUCCUGGCGGAAAGAAACAACUACGAAAAUAUGGGUUAAUGGGUAGCCUCAUGGAAGAAAAUGACCAUGACGACGAAGAAGAAGACAGCGAUGUGUGGAUGGUCGAUGGCGACGACACAGCUAGCUCAAGGCGACUCUCUGGGAGAAGGUUCCGCGGUGGAACCGGUGAAGAACAAGCUAUCAGAAGGCGCAGGAGGGAGGCCAUGGUCUUGAACGACGGUGGGCACCCAUUGAACAAUGAUGAUAUCUUUCACAACCCCGUCACCCAAUGA